AAGUAAACAAUAGUUGAUUUGUGAAAUAUACGACGUUUGUCGUUUGUCAGAAAUAGUAGUCGCCAUCUUCGCUCGGCGACCUUUCUCGCAGAAGGAGGAGAAGGUGCAGAAGUUAUCAUGUCCUCAAACAUGGCCAAAUUACCGCUUAUGCGUCACAUUGUCAAGCGUGGCCUGGGGUCUGCCGCCGCCAGGGCCCUGGAAAGUGAUUUGCCUAUUGAAACAAGUGUUUUGGCCAACAAGAUCCAGGUUGUGAGUGUUGAAUCUUCUUCACCGAUUGUUCGAGUGGCCGUGCAGAUUAAAGCUGGCUCACGUUACGAAACUGCAGACAACAUUGGUGUUGCUCAUGUCCUGCGGUCAGCCUGUGGCUUAACAACUAAAAGCACUUCUACCUUUGCCGUCACUCGUUUAAUCCAGGAAAGAGGUGCCAAUUUGUGGGCUGUGAAUGAUCGUGACUCAAUAUCCUAUAUUUUGGAGUGUUAUGUUCAAGCCCUGGAGCCCUGCCUGAAAGUUCUGCACAGCGUGACGACUGAACAGCUUUUCCAUCCAUGGGAGCUUGCAGAAAAUAUUCCUAGGCUGAAGUAUGAAUUGGCUCUGGUUCCUCCUCAGGCUCGAGUUAUUGAUAUGCUUCAUGGUGCUGCUUAUCGCACUGGUCUUGGUAACUCUCUCUUCAUUCCCAAAUAUCUUGUUGGAAGUCAAGGGACAGAAACGCUGCAUCACUAUGUGCAAAAUACCUUCCUGGGAAACCGCACAGUUGUUUCUGCCACCGGUAUAAGCAACAAUGCUGCUAAGAUCUUUGCAGAAAGGUUAAACUUUGCAGAGGGAAGCGGCCUGGGAACCUCCUCUCAAUACUACGGAGGAGAGCUUCGUAAGCGAUGCAAGGGUCUUGCACAUGUUGCUAUUGCUGCAGAUGGUGCAGGAAUUAACCAGAAAGAGGCCCUUGCUUUUGGCAUUCUUCAACAUGCUCUUGGAACUGGUGCCAAGGUUAAGUAUGGUUCUGGUGCGGGAUCACUGAGCAAGCUGGUGACUGAAGCUGCUGCUGGAGAACCUGCUGCAGUGUCGGCUCUGAAUGUGUCACACCAAGAUGCUGGUCUCUUUGGUCUUGUAAUCAGCUGUGAGCCGAAAGUGGCUGGCCGGGUAACUGAAGCAGCUGUUAAGGCCCUGAAGGCUGGUAAUGUCUCAGAGGAGGCAGUUAAGCGAGGCAAGAACGGCCUGAAGGCUGCUGUUCUUUCAGCCGCUGAGAACACUGGUACUCUGACUCAGGAUAUUGGCCAGCAAGUUCUUCUGAAAGGAUCUGCAGAUUCUGCUGCUGCUGUGGCAUCUGCUAUUGACUCUGUCAGCUCCAGUGAUGUGAAUAAUGCUGCAAGGAAAGUUGCAAGUGGCAAAUUAUCAAUGGCUGCUUUGGGAGAUAUUGCAAAUGUACCCUUCUUGGAUCAACUCAAGUAGAAUGUAAUGUUCUGUAAAUAAAUUGUAAAUUUUACUUACAUCUUGCUGUCAAGCUUGCACUGGUGCAACAACAUCAAUUUACGUUUGGAAUGAAUGCUGCUUGUAGGUAACAGCUCAUCUUUACAGAUGUGUUAAUAAAAAAUAAAGUAUUCCAAUUUUA